AUACGAUGUGUGCAUGAUCCUGCGAGGGGAAAUGGUAACAUUCUCCCGCCCAUUGCCGGCUCGAGCUUGGUAGGAUAAAAACCUGGCAGGAUACCCACCUGGUAGAAUUUAUUCUGGUGGUCGAUUGUUUAUUUUCAGAUUCCUUGCCUGCCCCUCCUCAACCGCCCGAGCUUCUCAUUUCCAAUUUGCUAUUCUUGUCACGCCAUGAGACCCAACCUACCCUCAUUCUUGCUCACUUUGGGCACUAUAACCACUGCCCUCGCCACGCCAACUCCCACUACUCAUUCUGUCAAAAUUACCAUUCGUGAUUCAUCCAUCUUCACCGAAGGCCUCGCAGCCGUAAGCGCCAAAGUGGACAUCCUCGAUGCCAACAUCCUCACCUACCCUGGCGGCGACAUUUCCAACAUCACCGCCGGGGCUGCGGGCUUGAUCACUACACUCCUUGCCGAGACCAAAGAGAUUCAGUCGUACUUUCUAAACACCACCGAAGCGACGGCAGUCAUACCCCCGCUGGAGGAGCUUACCGUGCAAUUUGCCACCGCUGUGAACAAUUAUAUCAGUAUCCAUGAUCUGAUAAAAGUCGCCGAUGAGGGAUGGUAUAUCUAUUCGCAGCUGCAGGAAGAGCAUACCGCCGCUUUGACUUAUACUGGGAGCGUCGUGGCUCGAAUUCCCGCCGGCAACUUGAAGGAUGCUGCGAAUGCGCUGGCCACGAAUAUUACCGACACACUGCAGACGGGGGUGGUGGCCUACAAGGAUAUUGCGGUUCGACCGACACCGUAUCCUAGGGCUUGAGCCUGUAUUCGGAUAGGCUCUGCGGUUAUUCCGGAAUUGCGUUGGUAUGCAAAGUGGACCGCUUUGCCUAACCCUAUAUCACGUGGCUUCGUCUUGGUGUUGUCCGAAUCCAUGCUCAUGCGACAAAGCAAUGAUUGUCCGAAUUGAUGUAUGUACAUGUUGCAUGAUCUGUUAUACUAUACUCAUCAAGUUUAUUGUGAUUGCUUGAACACGCCAGUCGACUUACUCUUCCCAAGCUUCCUGUUUUGAGUUGAGUGUUGUACUUUUGCAGUACCAACUCCUUGCCAGGUUGUUAGAUAUUAUGCCUGAUUCACAAUGGUCAACGCUGCGAGACAGGGAUAUAAUGCAGUAAUCAGGGUCCUACUGCCAAACACUGGACCCUCGGUACCAAGUGGGUACUGUAGCCGGUCGGAGACCCAUCCAGAAUCCUUG